AUGACCGGCAGCAGUUCAUCUCUUCCCCGGAAGCCGGCCGCUUCUGAAAGACAACGCCGUGAUCGGAUGAAACACCUUUACUCUACUCUUGCCUCUUUCCUUCAUCUUCAACCAUACGAGAGGAUGCCAUUGCCAGAGUUCUUGGACCGUGCAGCAAAUGCACUGAUACAGCGGAAAGAAAGAGUGGAACGAUUGAACGCUAGGAAAGAAGAGCUUGAAAACGAGCUUAGAUGUGCUUCAAAUAACGGACAGAGUUUGCAGCUUGUCCGAGUGACUGAAAUUGAUUCGAAACUUGAGGUUAACUUGAUCAUCUCGGCCAAUAACAAGAAAGCGGAGCCUUUUCACGUAUUGAGUGUUAUAGAGCAAGGUGGUGCCGAAAUUACGAACUCUAGUUUCUGCACAGUUGGUCAACUCAUCUAUUGCACCAUCCAUGCUCAGGCUUUUCAAGCUCGGGUAGGGUUCGAUGUUGCAUUGAUAGAGUCCCAGUUGUUGGAACUGGUUUACUUAUCAUAA